GAGGAAGUGAAAGCAUCAGCUGGCUUUGUGUGCUCUGAGCGACAGCUAGCUAGCUAAGUUACAUAAUUUACACGUACUCAAUAAGAGACAGCGUCUUCAAGGAUCGCCACAUGGAUUCUCCUCGGCAAUGCAAGAACAUGAGUCGAGAGCCAAAGCGCAGCCAGAAUCAGUCAAGCACUCCUCCUCAGAAAGACGCCUAUGCCAGGCUUCUCAGCCAGCACAGCAGCAGCAAGUUCAGUCUCUAUCUGGAACAGUAUGCAAAGGAUGUAUCAUUUCAAAGGGAAGGACAUGGACCAAGCACGCUGCUCAAUGCCCAGAGCGACAGACUGAACAUACCACAGCGUAGAAAAGACCAAGUGCCCAAUGAUUUCUCUGACUCAAGUGACUUCUCCCCCUCUUCCAUGAAAUGCAAAGGAGAGGAGAGUUCACUGUCUCUGUACAUGGAGAAACUAAGCACCCGCAGUGCUCAGCAGGACUGUGAAAGGAAGCAGGGUGUGUCUGACAGGCAGCGACGGGGACAGAGAAGGGACACCGCCACCAGCCACGAUGGAGACAUCGAGUCUGGCGAGGAACUCAUCUCUUUAAAACCCAGUGACUCAAAGAAGCAGCAGAAGCAGCAGAAGAAAAAAGACUUAAAAGAGACGGAUUCACUUGUUGGACGUCCCCAGUCCCCGAAGAAAGCCAACAAAAGCGGACAGGAGCGAGAGAAGAUGACAAAGUCGAAGAAGAAAAACCUGUCGAAGCACCCGGAAGAGGAGAAAAGCAGAGAAGAGACAUUCAAACACGAGGCUGACAUUCAGCCAUCAAGACCCAAGUCCCCUCAUGGUAAAGACAAAACUCUGCUGCAGCCCAGAGCUUCAGGUGCCAAUUCCCCUGCUGACAAGAGUAAGAACAAAGGAGGGAGAAGGUCAAAGAAGCAAGUGUUUGAGUUCUACAUGACAUCUGAGGACGUGUGCCAUGGCCUUAAAAGAGGAGAACUCAUUCAGGGACAGUUACGGAUCAACCCAAAGAAAUACCAUGAAGCUUUCAUCCCAUCCCCUGAUGACACACGGGAUAUAUUUCUGGAUGGGAUUGUAGCGCGCAACAGGGCACUGAAUGGAGACAUAGUGGUGGUGCAAAUCCUCCCCAGGGAGCAGUGGAAGGUUGUGAGGUCAGAUACUGACUGUGAGGGCGCCAGUGAGUCAGAGAGCCAGAGAGAACACGCGGUGCAAACAGUGCAGAAGAAGGCAGCGCACACCCCCAAGCCUGAUGUGAUUGUGGAAGACCAGUGUAGCGACCAAGAUGAGCUCAUCAGAACGGUUCAAAAUACCGCCCUCACUGACACAGGGGAACCUCUGGAGGACUCUUCAACCCCACGAUCUAAUGGGGAAAUACUCCAAAAGACUGCUAAAGUGGUGUACAUCGUUGAGAAGAAACAUUCAAGAGCUGCAACAGGCUUCCUGAAAUUCCUGCAAGAUAAGCCUUUUGCCAUGUUCUCCCCUGUGGACCACCGAGUGCCACGGAUUAACGUUCCCCUCGCUGACUGUCCCGAAGACUUUAGUUCCCGCCCGGGCGACUACACCAACACCUUGUUCAUAUGUCGGAUCACCAACUGGGCAGCCGACAGCAACUUUGCAGAAGGUCAACUGGCUAAGACUCUGGGCCAAGCUGGAGAAAUCGAGCCAGAGACAGAGGGCAUCCUGAUAGAGUACGACGUUGAUUUUUCUGAGUUCUCAGAUGAAGUGUUAGACUGCCUACCCAAGAACCUGCCCUGGACCAUCCCACCUGAGGAGAUGAGAAAGAGGAGAGAUCUGAGGAAAGAGUGUAUCUUCACAAUCGACCCUGCUACCGCCAGAGACCUGGACGAUGCUCUGUCCUGUAAACAACUCCCCGAUGGCAACUUUGAGGUGGGAGUCCACAUCGCUGAUGUGAGUUAUUUUGUGGGUGAGGACAAUGCUCUGGAUGCCAUCGCCAGCCAAAGAGCAACUAGUGUGUACAUGGUUCAAAAGGUGAUCCCCAUGCUGCCGAGGCUGCUGUGUGAGGAGCUGUGCAGUCUGAAUCCUCUCACCGACAGACUCACUUUCUCUGUCAUUUGGAAAAUCACGCCGGAGGGGAAGAUCCUGAAUGAGUGGUUCGGCCGCUCAGUCAUCCGCUCCUGCGUGAAGUUGAGUUACGACCAUGCUCAGAGCAUGAUCGAGGCCCCAGAAAAGAUGUUCUCUGCCGAGGAGCUGCCCCCUGUGGACCCUGAGCACCCCAUCGAUGAGAUCCAUCAAGCUGUGCUCAACCUGCACUCCAUUGCCAAGAACCUCCGGGCUCAACGCUUCUCAGGAGGAGCCCUCAGACUAGACCAGUUGAAACUGUCUUUCACCCUGGACAAAGAGACCAUGAUGCCUCAGGGCUGCUACGUUUACCAGUACAGAGACAGUAACAAGUUGGUGGAGGAGUUCAUGCUACUGGCUAACAUUGCCACAGCCCACCACAUCCACCGCAGAUUCCCUGAGCUGGCCCUGCUCAGGCGCCAUCCUCCACCGAAGGCCAAACUGGUGGAUGAGCUACAGGAGCUGUGUGACCAGCUGGGAAUCGAUAUUGAUCUGUCCUCUGCAGGAGCGUUACACAAGAGUCUCAAUACUACUCUUGGUGAUGAUGAGUAUUCCACUGCCAGAAAAGAAGUCCUCACCCACAUGUGCUCCAGACCUAUGCAGAUGGCGGUGUACUUCUGCACAGGUGUUCUCAAGCAGGAGCAGUUUUUCAAGCACUACGCCCUCAACGUUCCUCUCUACACUCACUUCACAUCGCCCAUCAGACGCUACGCUGACAUCAUUGUCCACCGGCUGCUGGCUUCCUCACUGGACUGUGGGCCGAGUUUGGGGCUGUCAACAGAAGAGGUCCAGAAACAGGCAUCACACUGUAACGACAAGAAGACUGUGUCGAAGAGAGUCCAGGAGCUCAGCUCUGAGCUCUUCUUUGCAGUGUUUGUGAAGGACUGUGGCCCUCUGGACUCUGAGGCCAUGGUGAUGGGGGUGCUGGAUCAGUCCUUUGACGUGCUGGUUCUCAGAUACGGAGUGCAGAAACGCAUCUACUGCAAGUUUGUUGCGGGCCUGGACAACUUCCACCAUCGUAAGGUGGGGAAGAAAUCAGAGCUGACUCUGGUCUGGACACCAGAGGACCCCAAGAAACCUCCAUUAGAGCAGGUGAUCUCAAUCUUCACGUUAGUGGAGGUGCAGCUCAAAGCGGACGGCGCACCCAUGAAAUACAGUGCAGUGCUCAAGAGGCCCGAGGAGAGCAACACCUAAACCCUUCAGUGUGCCGCAGAAUACUCAAACACUUGUAUGGAAAUUUGUAAUUGCACAUUUUUUUUUUUUUUUGCUCAAUUGUAGAAAUGACAUGUAGCUCAGAAACAGUGUUACUGUGGUGAUCAGGGAAGUCAACAGUCAGGUCAGAGUCAGAUUUCAGUAGAGAUUCCCACCAGGUUUCAGCUUCAUCUUGAAGGCCCGCUCCAGUGUUUUUUCAUGUUUGCUCACUUCUUACAAACAACCCACAAACAUGCACAAGGCUGCUGCCCACUUUCCAAGGUAUGUUAUUGUGUUUCAUGUUGAAUUAGCUGUGAAAAGGACUUUGCUUCUAUUUUUCAUUCCCAUUAAUUUCUUGAACAUAUAGAAGUCAACAUGUAUCUGUGCCACGUCUAAGUCGUGGUAUAAAGUCUAAAAGGCUAGCUGACCUGAAUUAUCCAGAAAUUAAAAGAUAUAUUGGCCAUCGUGAAAGUAGAACAGCAGUUCUAAUCUGCCAUAAUGUGCUUUGGAAAAUGGUUGACUGUAUGAUAUUUGUGAUGUAUAGUAAGUGGUUGAAAACAUGUAAACACUGAUGUAUCUAUUUAAGCCUUAAUGAAGUCACAGACUUUGCUAUUUUCCUGUCAUCAGUGAGGAUUUCAGAUUGAAUCGUGACUCUGAUCUGACUGUGAAAGAACCAAUACAGCAGCGAGUUUUAUUUUGCUGUUGAUUUAUUAACCUGUGAGAGGACCGCUUUGAUGUGCUGUAACUGUCUAAUGUGUGGAAGAUGAAUUUUAACUAAUUUGAGUUUAAUAUCAGCGGUUCCCUGAUUCUAGACUGAGGGGAGACCUGUGUUUGUGUUUGUGCAGCAAUAGAGAAAACCACACUACUGAAGUUGACUGGCUGCGGUGGCUGUAAUGCAAUUGUAACAGAGUGAGGCUACAUGGAUGAAGCAGUGAAAAUGUAGCAGGAAUAGAGAAGUGAAACAAGUAUAUUAACAGUUGCAUAGGGAUAUAAUAACAGCUACUGCGUGCCACUUUUACAUUGCUGUGUCUACUGUGUUAAUAGUAUUUUAUGCAGGAAGAGUUUCAGACUCGUCUGGGGUGUGAAUGAAGGGGCUGAAGGGCCUCUUCAGUCACAGCCAUGAAGUACAGCUGGCAGGACUUUUCAUUUGGUUUAAAUUCUAAAUGGAUCAAACUUAUUCAUCUAGUAUAACACGAGGUACAUUUACUGCGUUAAAUGUGCCAGUCAGGCCAAAGUUUAAUAAUUUGUCAGCUCAUUUUUAUUGUUUUUAAUACAAGACAUGGGAAUGACUUGAAUGUGAAUUGCUGCUGAAAACGGUUGGUGGCCUUGAGUUCUUAAUGUGUUUUAUGUUGGUCCAUGUGCUUUGGAGUGCUUCCAACUGUUGUUUUUUAUGCUCAGCCUUGAUUUGUUUAGCACAGAUACAGUACUUUAUGAACCUCAUUAAUAUCAACUGUGAAUUUCGGCCUUAAUUGAGUCAAGUGCAGAUAUGACUACAUUACAGUGCAGCUGCACAUUUUAACAAAGCUUGUGGGCCUUCAGUUUUGCUUUAACUGAGUCAAUGUGCAUCUCUUUAGUUGCCACUCAGUCAGAUUUUUCUUGAACAGUGCCAUGUAAUGUCAUACAAAUUAGCUGCCAUGUCUGCAGUUUUAUUUUUAUUUUUGCAUAUCAAAUCUCUGUUGUUUGACAGGCCUCUAGCUGAUGUUUUUAAGUUAUGUUUCUUUACACAACCUGACAUUUUCUGACAUGACCUUUAAAUGUAUUUUAAACCAGCAAGCUCACUGAUAGUGAGGAUGUGUUUCUGUGACUGGGGUUGAAAAAAAAAUGUUUCUCACAUUUGAAAACCUGAGAAUGCAAACUCUAAAAGCUCCUGUACAGUUUGUGUGCGUCUAAGUUCUAUUGCAACAUGUAACUUUGAUUUUGGUCAGUACUGAAAGUGCAUUUGUACUCUGCUAAACCACCAUAUAGAGUGAUAGAUGGUGGUCUUUGUCUGUAGGGAAAUAAAUACGUACAUGAAGUCCACUGGGGAAGAAACUGACUCAAACUGUGUAAAGUACAUUUUAGGUGGUGGGGAGGAGGGGAACACAAAUUCUACUCAAACACAACUUGGUGGCUAAACCCUGCAGUGUGACACUGAUGACCCCUAAUUAAUUACACUGUGACACCGCCCUCGCCUGUUUAGUUCAUGCUGCCAAUAAACACAUCAUCUGUCUUCUUUAUAGUGUUUGUAAUGAAUCGCCAUAAAACUACUGCAUCUGCAAGGAUGGUUAGUUCCACAGUCAUGCCACAGCUGAAUACGGCACCUUCAUAAUCUACAGGUAAAUUCCACACCCAAUGAGACAGCACUAGCUGAAACUUUAAACCUCUGACAAAACUUUUUUUCCUCAGCUCUGACUUGAGGUUUGUGGAGACUAAUAUAGUAUUACUGCUAAUGUACCUGUUGAGCUUGUUUCUGCUGCCACCAAGGGGCAAAAAAAAACCCGGUUAUUUCAGGUUUUAAAAGUUUUGGUGUGAAUAGUUAUUUUUGUUUGUAUUUUCAUUCAGUCUGUUUAGUGGUACUUUAUUUUUCAGACAUUAAUAA